AUGCCUAUCUCCUCUCAAUACAACCCCGCUAUCCUCCAACACGUAUCCAUAUGUAAAGCGGCGGGGUGUGUAUGUGUAUGUGUAUGUUGGGAAUACUUGGAAGAGAGGGAUUUAAACGACGAGCGUGAUUUGAAGGAUGAAGAGCAGGAUUUGAGGGUUUUCCAGGGGGAAUUGGUAGGGAAGCGGGUGAGGGUGGUGGUGGUGGUUUUGGGCGGAGUGGUGUGUGAGGUGGGGAAAGAGAGGAGGGAGAGGAGGAUUAGUGAGAGGAGCGGUUCGAGGGAGUGUGUGAGGAGGGAUUGGGGAUUGGGGAUUUUGAUUAGUUGGGGAGUUGGGGGGAUGAAAAUGGAGAAUGGGAUGAGAGGUGUGAGGUUGAGGAUGCUGGUUGAGGAGUACGAAUACUUACAAGCAGCCGAGGAGAUAAAUGCUUGA